UCUGGAUCUCGGCGGCGAACCUUGCCGAAUCGUACCGAAUAGGAUAGCCCUGAGUGACAAACUCAGGUCGAACAAAAGCAUCCAUGAACAAAACAGGACGAGCGUUACCCUAGUUUCUUUACUCUGGUUUCGCCGGCCGGGACAGACGCAAAGGUUAUCACCAACUUCGAAGCAAGGUUUAGUGUGGAGUUAGAAUGAGGACGGCGAGAAUGGGGAAGGAGGAUUUGAAACUCCGGUCUCGAACCAAGGCAAAAACGAAGUUCGAAGAGUAUUUAGAUAUGGAGAUGGGCAUGCAGAACCAUAGAUUGUCUGCUGAGGAGGACUUAGAAUUGGAAAGAAAACUUGCACAGAAACUAAAGGUCAAGUCUGGCAAGUUAAGGGGAGUAGAAGAUGGUAUGAAUGUGUUAUUUGAAGGACUCCCCUCGAUUGUUGAUUCUCCUGGGGAAGACGAACUUCCCUUUUCUGAAGAGUUUGCAGUUGGGCGAAGUAAGAAGAAUAAGAAGGAGAAGAAAAGGAAAAUGUUAGAACAAUCCCAAGAGAGUGAAAUUGAGAAAGCAAGCGUGGGUGACGGUGAAGUGGAAGAAACUUCAAAGAAAAGUAAGAAACGGAAGAAGAAAAAGAUGUCAGGACAACAUCAAGUUACUGCUGAUGAUGGUGUGGAAUCCCCUUGUGCUGCACGGAUUGAGGUACAAAAACUUCCUGUCACGCCCCAAAAAUAUAUUGCUCCUAACUUGAGAUUGCACAAAGGAAUUGAGCCUGAAGAUCAUACUCAACUCCGUAGGCGUGUUCGAGGUCUUUUAAACAGGCUUUCCGAAUCAAAUGUGGAAUCAGUAACAGGGGAAAUUGAUAUUCCUUGA